AUGACGUCGCUGCUAGCGUCCGGAAUCAUAACGCCUGUCGCGGAUAUGUACAGGUACAUAGCGUCUUUACGGGACCCCCGCACGGAAGGCUGGACCCUCGUGGCUGAUGCCAAGUUUGUGUUCCCGCUGCUGUUCGGCUACAUCUACGUGGUCAAGAUCGGCGGCCCGCGAUGGAUGAUGAAUCGCAAGCCGUUCGAGCUCAAGCCCCUCAUCAUGGUGUACAACUUGGCAAUGGUCAUCUUCAACACGUUCUUCUUUUACCAAUACACUCGGCACUCGUACCUUGGAGGAGGGUACAACGUCUUCUGCCAGGGCGUCAGCUAUUCCCGUGACCACAACGCAAUGACCAUUCUCGAACUGACGUGGUGGUACCUGUUUGUGCGCAUCGCCGACUUCUUCGACACCUUCUUCUUCCUGGCGAGGAAGAAGUUCUCCCACAUCACCGUGCUUCACGUUCUUCAUCAUUUUCUCGUGGUGUUCAGCGGCUGGCUGUGGAUCACCUUCGGCUGCGACGGCCAGGUGCUGAUGGGCAUCUGCUUCAACUCGUUCAUCCACAUCAUCAUGUACUCGUACUACUUCCUCAGCGCCCUCGGUCCCGAGGUGCAGAAGUACCUGUGGUGGAAGAAGUACCUCACCCGUCUGCAAAUCUUCCAGUUCGUCUUUCUUACCCUACACGUGUCGAUACCGAUCUUCUACGACUGUGGCUAUCCGAAGAUACUUACCGUGCUCGCGUCGGCCCAGGGAACCCUGGGACUGGUGCUCUUCAUCAACUUUUACAUCAACGCGUAUGCUUCAAACCGGAACUUGGACUUCUGCACAGUGCAAGGAGACAAAAGGGAUUGAUUCUACUGACGCACGUGAUGCUUUGAGUCGUGAGUGCAAAUGACGGGGCCUCACGGACGGCGGCUUCGGCGAACAGCACCGUCAUGGGCUUCGAGUCUAGUUGUAAAAUGUGAGCUGAACUGCAGACUGGAACAUGAGCUUCAUCAAUGACAAGGUUUAGAGUUCGAAUUUACAAAGCCCUUCAUUCGUAAGGACCAUUUUUUUCAUUGUAUAUUUUUGCAUGAAAUUUUUCUUACAAAGUGGUUUUACGGACAAAGGGCUUUGUGAAUCGGGUUCCUUACCUUGUUGGUACGUACCUUGAAUUUUUAGUUGGUCAUACCUGCGCCCACAAUUGUGCCGUGAUCAUUGUGUUAUUCACUGCUGUUAGUUGAUGUGAGGUCUCAUUAUUUGUGUACUUGUGACAUAAUAUAUUAUAACCUGCAGCUAUUGCGAAGUUUUAUACUUGAGCAACCAUUUCCAACCGUUAUAACAGAGGCAUUGUCUUUCGUAUAGAUAUUGCAUUCUUACCAACGUUAAGUUUGCAUUUUAGAGUAUAACGCCGUGAACCUAACAUUGUAUUGACGCCAUUUCUUUAUUUAUAGAAAUAGAAAUUUUAUACUCUCAUGGGUAGCUGCAAAAUGAUAAAGCUAUUUCGCAAAGAAUGAAUUGACCAGAUGACCUUCAUGAUCUUCUAGAAAGAAUUGCUUUAAUCAGCAAGUACAACGUGUGCACACUAAUUUUUUGAAGGUCAAGCACAGUGCAUUGGGAACGGACACUAAACCACACAGUUCACACAAGUUCACUUAAUAAAAAUAGAAAUAGCGGAAAUCGAUGGAUGAAAUUGUUAAUCCUGGUUUAAUUGCGACAGAGAGCUAACUAGUCAAUGUAACAAAAAAGCUGUGUGAACUAAGUUUGGUCCUUCGACCAGUUCCAAUCACUAAGGGAACAUGAGAGCGCUUGUUUUGACAGGUUUCUUGUGUGAUUCGUGUCACGAAUAAAGAUUGUAAACGCCUGUGACCACGU